AUGGUGCGACGGCAGCAGUGCUUUGUGGGCCUGUUGCUGACGUUGCUGCUGGUGGCGAAGGAUGUGGGUCUCCGGUCCUUUGCCGCAACUGCAGGGAGAUCGAGUCCCGACGUCCUCAGUGAAGCUUUGCAGAAGCUACUGACAGAGGCUGAGGCAUCAGUGCGACCGGGAGCUUACUCUCCCCGAUCUGAUGAGGCAGGCCGCCGCGUGGCCGAGGCAGCCGCGGCUGCCGAAGCCUUGGCUUCGAAACCGAGCUGGCGGGAGGGAGACCUGGCUCUGUUAAAUGGCACCUGGGAGCUGAUGUUCACGAGCAACGGGGACGUCGAUCGGGGAGACAUCCGGAGUCUUUUGGGCGAGGCGGCGUCGAACUCUGAUGGCUUCCAGCCUUUCAAGCUGGAGGGCGUGCAGCAGGAGAUCGAUGUCCAGGCUGGGAGACUGCGGAACCGGCUUUCACUUGCUCCGUGGCCUGGUGCGUUACCGCUGCCACCUCCUUUGGGGACGCUGCUGUCCGACCUGCAGGAUGCAGAGGUCGUCCUCAGCCUGGACCAUCGUUUCGAGGCGUAUGGUGACAUCCGCCUCCGCAUCGUGCUGGAGAGACUGGAUCGAUCACUCCGGCGGCGGAAUGGGAAGGAACUUGAGGGCCUUCCUUCCUGGCUGCCACUUCGCUCCAGCUACGGCUUCCCGCAGCUCCUGGGUGAACUUGGCCCCGGCAGAUUCGAUACGACGCUGCUGCAAGGCGAUGUUCGGAUCAGCCGUGGAGUUGGGCGCUUCAAGGAGCUGCGGAUUUUCCGGCGUCUGCGCGACUAG